CAGCCAAUCCCGUCUAGAAGGGUGGAUCUGUGGGGGAACUGGAGGACGAGUCAACUCUAUUGCUCCAUAUAAUUGGACAAUAUUUCUUUGAGUGACUCAGUUAAAAAAGUGACUCAGUCCAAAAAAUAUCACAUUCCAAUAAGCACACGCCUUGUGGCUUCAGAGUUGUGGAUGUUUUUUGGAGUAACAAUGGCUCUGAGGUGUUCCGGUCGAGACGUUUCUCUUCUCCUCUUGUGUUUUACAUUAACUUAUGCACUUAUUGAUGCAUCAAGUCAGGAUGUGGACCAGGAUCUCUCCAACAUCAUGAAUGAGCUUUGGAAGUUGGACACAAACCGUCUGAAGCCUGGAACGGACUAUACCAUCUCUCUGCAGGGGAAGGCUGGUUACGUCUCCCAAGGCAGUAACACAGCCAGGGACCACGCCCAGUCACCACUCUUCUCCUACGUCAACGAAGGCAAAUUAAAGAGCAUUAAGACCUACUCCAACUUCCUGGACCUGCUGGACAACUAUGAGAAAUCCACGGGCGUGACCGAGGCUGUCACGCCUGAGGAGCUGGCCGAGAACUACCGCUUCCUGGACUCCAUCCUGCAAACCGAGGUCAUGAAGCGUGCUCACAAGUACCUGGUCAGUAAGGGGAAGUCACGCGCGGACCUGAGGUCGUUUAAGAACCAGCUCUACGAUAUCUGGUUCCGCCUUUACCACAGGGACAGGAGUGCAGGAGAGGACUCCUGCGGGUUUGAGCAUGUGUUUGUGGGAGAGACGAAGUACGGGAGGGAGAUUGCGGGUUUCCACAACUGGGUCCAGUUCUACCUGGAGGAGAAGAGCCGCCACCUGGACUACAAAGGCUACAAAGCUCGGGACCGUGAGGCGCCGGAUGCCAGGGCCCACGUCCUGAACGUGCAGUUCAGCUGGAACGGGCUGGUCAAGCCCGUGGGCAGCUGCUUCAUCGGCGUGAGCCCGGAGUUCGAGGUGGCGCUGUUCACCCUCGUCUUCCUCAAGUCCACGGGGAGGGUGACGCGCACGGUGGUGAACGUGGACCGGUACCAGCUGGAGGUGGUGGUGUCUCGCCACGGCCGCUCCAUUGGGACGUCCUACCCCAAGCUCCUGAGCAGCGGCCACAGACGCCUGUAGAUGCCGGCACUCAAACCUCCGCGGCGUGGACUCGCCGGUUCUGUCCAAGUGGGCGGGGCCACAGAUAUCUUACACUUCUCUUCUCUUCUCUCCUCUCUCAUUCCAAUCACUUUAUUUUUCUUCUCCUCUUUUUUUUUUUUCCUCUGCUUGCUCCUGACCCAGAAAUCGAUCGAGCUCUGCCAUCUUUGAGGACGUUCCAAUCCCUUAAAUGUUCCGUCUAGGAGCUAGAAGUAGAAGUUAGGAACAACUAAUCUUUCUUUUGAGCAAACAAAGAAACAAAGAAACAAAAAAAAACAUCAUCACAUCCUUUGCAGAAGUAUUUUUUUGGAAAGUCUGUUGUAUAAAUGAUCGACCUGUGGGCCCACCUCUCCCCAUCUGCCACGUCUGUAACUGACGUGGCUUCGAACUGACGUUUGAAGGAGCGAGGACCUUCCAUUUCCCCGUCUUUAUCUUUCAUCUUUUCCUAGCCGCUCGGUGGAGCUAGGGGCAAGAAAAGGGCCGUAGUGAAGGUGUUUCAGCGCAAACAACACAAUUAUGCUUUUAUUGCUGAGUAUGGAGGAAGUGACAUAUUGAUGAACAAAGAAAGUCAAGACCAAUGAUAAAAUGAUAUGUCGUUGGUAAUUUAAUUCCAACUGAUUUAAUUGUGUUUGCACAUCCAUCUUUAGGCCAUGAUGGACAUCACAAUAAACUAGAGGACAUGAAAGCACUCAUCAAGAACAAAACAAACAAACAAAAAAACUCAACAACAGUCUAAGUAAAAAAACUAACAAUAGUUAUACAUAUAUA